AUGUCUUACCCUACUAAAGGACUUUCGAUAGUUGACUUUUGCUGGGUGUUUUGCUGUCCACCUUUUCCGAGAUCUAUUACCGAAAAGAUAGCCUUCAUGCCACCGCUUCCAACAUAUGAAGUGGCUCCAACACAAAGUGAAACUAUUCAGUAUGCUUUUCACCUAUCUCCUGACUAUGACACUUCUGGACUGAGAAAAGUUAUCCAACAGGAGGUUCGAGUUGUAAAAACCACUCUUGAUAGUGACGUAGUUGUUCUCUACGUAAAAGGCACGACAAAAACAAAGUUUACCAUACUCUACAGCCAUGGGAACGCCGUGGACGUUGGAUUAAUACAUCGACUAUGUGUCGAUUUGAGUCAAAUGACCGGUUGCGAUGUGGUUACUUACGAUUAUUCGGGUUAUGGACAAAGCUCUGGAAAACCCUCUGAAAGGAACAUGUUCGCGGACAUUAAAGCUGCUUGGGACUAUACGCUGGCUUUCCAUGAGCCUGAUCCAAGAAUGGUCAUUCUGUAUGGGCAUAGUCUGGGCGCCGUAGCGACUAUUGAUUUGGCUUCAAAAGUAGACUGUGCGGGUGUGAUACUUCAGGCACCGUUUUCGUCUUCUUUCCAAGUUGUGUGCCCGAAUAGAAAAUGGUUCUCUUGGCUAGACACUUUGAAGAGGUACUAG